AGUUCAGUUUCAUUCUUUGAUGUGGAGAAACAAGAAUUUGCUGUGUCAAGGUGGGCAAGGGCAAGAACAAGAGCAGCUAAGGCAGCUAACCUCCGUGAAAGGUUCGAGCAACACAGACACGUGCUUUCAUGGCCCAAGACAUUGGUCAAUAAGUGGUUCAAUAUCAAGUGCAAAACUGAUAACUUUCAAGCAGAUGAUGAUGUUGAUGAUGAUGUCCUUUAUCAAGGCCUACUUUUCAGAAUUCAUUCGGUUCUAUGAUUUUGUUUUCUUCAUGUGUCGCGAGAAUGGUCAAAAGAAUAUUUCUGUAAGCAGUAACUGCUUGGAAAUUAGUUCUUGCUGGGAAUGAACAAGGGAAUGAACACUGAUAAAAUUGUUAAGGCCAAGAGUUUUCUUGAUGGUGAUGAAGAUCAGCAUGAAAAAGAUGUGUUUGAGAAGAAUUUGAAGGUGCUUCAGAACAUUUUUUAGUCAUUAUGCCAAGAUUAGAAGAUUAACGAUUUUCUGUUUGUUAAAUUCUUUUUGGAUAUAGAGUGCAAACUUUGCAUUUUAAUUAAUA